AUGUGCAUAACUUUGCCACAAGGGGGCGGACUCUAUCGGGUGAUCCUGGCAAAUCUGGGAGAUAGUCGCGCCUUGCUCUAUCGACCUCGAGGGGAUUUGGAACAUUUAGUUUCCACGAGGGAUCACAAACCCGACGUCCCGUCUGAGAAGAAACGCAUCCGAGCGGCAGGUGGCUAUGUGGUCCCUGGCGACGAUGCCCAGCCGGCGCGAGUCGAUGCGGUGCUGGCCACGAGUCGAGCCUUUGGCAACUUUCGCUUCAAAGAUGCGGCGCAGACGCCAGGGACGAGGAAGGUGAUUUCGGUCCCCGACGUCUCCGUCUUCGAGGCCCAAGCGGGUGACGUGCUUGUGUUGGCCACCGACGGCGUCUUGGACGUGCUGAGCAGCUCGGAGGUCAUCACAUUGGCGGUGAAGGGUCUGAAACCUGCAGGCGAUGCGGUGGAAGCAGCGGCGGAUGUGGUCUGGGCAGCCCUACAGGCCAACACCCAGGUGUCGGUCCGCGGAACUGCGGUGCGGCUCACCACGGGGGGACAAUGCGACAUGCUUGGUGAUCCAACUGGGCGGCACCGCUGUCAGAAGGAAUUGGGGGAUAUUGUCUCCGAGAUGAUUCGUGAUGGGAAGGCCAAGGAUGACUUGACCUUCGGCACUCUGGCCGAGUUAUGCGAGAUGACCUUGGACUGGAGGACCUGUGGCGAGAGGUUGACCAAAGAGGCUCCCAAGCUCUGCGAGGGAAGAACUUUGGAAGACUUGCUGCCCUUGUUGAAGUCGGCAGUCAAGAUGUCCUAUGCCUCUUUGGCGGAACUGCUGGCCACCAAAGCCGAGCCCUUCAUCGCCGGCGGCGGGGAGAGUGUCGCCGAGCUUUUGGAGGCCAUGGUGAGUGGCGGCAUCCAGCUGGACACUGUGCCGUCCAGACUGCUGAAGGUUUUUCCCAAAGCUCCCUUCGCCACGGCUGCAUCCAUCAUUGCGGGCUUGGGUGAGAAGGGAAUCCAGGGAGAAGAGAUGAAGGAGUGUGCCAAGUUGCUGGUGGCCAAGCGAGAAGACUUGGAGGCGCUAGCGCCCCUGCAGCUCUUGCGUUUGACCGUGGCGGCCACGAAAUCCCAGGAUGUCGCUGUGGAGGCUCUGGAUGCAGUGGCCUCUGCCGCCGCAUUGGUUUUGAAUGCCUUUAGCAUGGAGGAUGCGUCGAAGCUUUUGCUGGCCGUUGCCAAAGCCAAAGCGGGUGCAGGUGCUGGUGUGCAAGAACUCUACGAGCGAGCGGCAGAGGUGAUCCCCCCAAAGUUGUCGGAGCUCUCCUCUGGGCAGCUCAUCAAGGUCGUCUUGGCCGUGACCAAAGUGGAGGCCUGUCGACCGCUUUUGGAGACAGCGGCGCAAAGUGCCACAGCCAGGGUGGCGGACAUCCAGCCGUCCCAAAUGAUGCUGCUGAUGCAAGGGCUGCUGCCUUUAGGUGGAGAGCAUCCGGCUUUACAGAAGAUGGCGGACAAUUGGGCUGCAAGCUUCUAUGAAGCCACACGGAUGGAAGGGCUUCUGGGCCCUGACCAAAUCGAGUCGCGACGAAAGGACCUUGAAGCCAAAGGGCAGCUCUCGGCAGAUCAGCUUUCCAAGCUGGCGCAGAUGGUGGCACCAGUCAUGCCUAAGCAUCAGUCCUUCUGGAAUGCACUGGGCAAGCGCCUCAGGGAAAUGCCUGAGGAGCUGACAGAUGUUGGCAUCGCCAAUCUGAAGUCAGCUUUUCCGGAUGGAGCAGGUCCAGACUUCGAAAAGAAGGAGAAGAUAUUGAAGAAGGCAUAUAAGGAGGGAGGUGGUGCUAAAGAGAAAAAGGAUGGUGACAAAGAGAAAGAGAAAGAUCGGGACCGGUCUCGAGAUCGAGAGCGAAGAGACCGGGACAGGUCUCGGGAUAGAGACAGAGAUCGAGAGAGAGACCGAGAUAGAGGUAGAGAUAGAGAGAAGGAGAGAGAUCGAGAGAAGGAAAGAGAUCGAGAGAAGGAGAGAGAUCGAGAGAGAGACGGAAAUGGUGCCACGAACCACGGCGCGCGGCCGCGGACGGAGGAGGAGAUUGAACGCCAGAAGAGGCAGAAGGAUGAGAUGCGGCGAGCGGACCGCGAGCGCGUCUUAGACUUGGAGCGUGAACGCGAACGCGCGCGGGAGAAAGAGCUGGAGCGCCGGCGAGAGGCUAGAAAGCAGAUGGAGAGGGAGAAGGAAGAGAGAAAGAAAGAGAAGAAGGCGAAGAAGAAGGAAAAGAAGAAGGAAAAGAAGGCCGAAGGCAUCAGCAGCUCCAGCAGCGACGGCGGUGUGACGCUCACCGGCCUGGUGGGCGGCGCGGCCGCGGCGGCGGAGGCAUCGGCUCCUGUCCCGGUGUCCUUAGAUUUGGAGGAUGCGCCAACGGCUGUGGAUUUUCCUCGGACCUUGGAGGUGGAUUUAGACAUCGAUGGGACCAUCGAGUUGGAUGAUGAUCGACCGAAGGCCACGACAGCGAAAACACCAGAGGCCAAGGCGGCAGCCAAGGCGGCAGCCAAGGCGGUCGCACCCAAGGAGUCCAGCUCCAUAGCAAUCGAGCUCGAUGAGGCUGAGGUGAAAAACACUCCGCCCCAGAAAACCACAGAAAAGGUCACCCCGGAGCUGGCAGCGGCCCCGGCCCCAGCAGUGGCCCCGAUGGCGAAGGCACAUGGAGCGGUUCCGCUUCAAAAUGGACACGUGGAGGACAUUGACUUGGAAGUCGAUCUCUCCUGUCAAGUCCAGGACGCUACAAGUAGCUCCACAAAGGUGAAGCCGGCGGAGAAGAGGAAGGCCGAUAACGCCGUGGUGGAUCUGGAUGACGCUCCGACUGCCAAGCAACGUCGGGAGGCCCGCAAAGCUCGGGCCGCGGCAGCCGCUGGCAACGGCAGCGGGCCGCCGGCGCCGGCGGCGCCAGCGCCAACAGCGUCGAAGGUGGUGAUGUGUGACGUUGAUUUGGACGGUCCUGGAGCAGCAUCCAUCGACAUCGAUGAUUGAUGAGGGCGCUGCUGCGAAGAGCGCGGCGGUGAAAAAAUGAGAUCGCCCUGGAGGAAAA